CACACACACACACACACACACACACACACACAUGCAUACACACAGUGACUUAACAGGACAACACACGGUAAGGUGGUAAGGACCUGGUAAACUGGAUUGUGGUGUUUCCUGCAAAAAGUUGGACAUGCUUGAAAACAUGGAUGCUGAGUCGGAGCCCCCUCUCCUAGUCCUAGUGUGAGGGGGACACGGCAUUCUCCAGUGCUCUCUUUUUGUCCAUCUGUCCGUCUUUCCAUCUCUCCGUCUGUCAGUCUGACCGGGCAGAGGCCUGGAGAGGACCAUCAGGACUGGACCGUGUCACACUGGGAGCACGUGUAACACUUGAUCAUUUGAAUGUUUCCUCUGGAAAUCUUCAGCUAGUAGAGAAAGAGAGAGAGAGAGAGAGAGCUCUGGCGCGUCACAGACCCAUGCACUCUCUGCUCCGCUGCUGGGACUGUCUGUCAAGUCCUGACGGGAGAGAUUUGGGCCGACCCAGACAGACAGGGCCAACUCAGCUGGGUGCAUGACCCGAGCCACCCUGAUUCUGACCCGGACCACAUCGCAGAUUGGAUGAGCGAUUGACUCGCUGACUGGCUGACUACGAUGCCUGGCAGAGGAUUUUGGAUGUGUGUGUUACAGUAUCCAGCUGUGGCCGAUGCCUCUCACUUAGACUCUUUCUGAUUGGAACUGUGGGAUAAUCUGGGCAUGCUGACACAUACUGUAGCACGCAGAGCUUGGAAGAGUGUGUGAGCAUGCGACCAUGUUUCGAUUUCCUGGGAGUUUCUCUCAGUGAAUAAUUGGAAACAAACACACUGCGUGUUCUGCACUGGAUAUUCAUCUGUCAGGAUUUAACUGUUUGGAUUAAACAACCUCAAUCUUUUGAUGAUGCAGAGAAGCACUCACAAUCCAGAACAUUAACAUAAAAUCACUGUACACACACAAACACACACACACACUACAAAUACACAUCCUUCUUCCUUUGGUGUAAAUAAAGGACCUAAAGGAAGCAUAAAACACGUUAUAGGCACACAUAUAGACUCUUCGUAUCCUUUGCACUGUAGCGAAGGAACAUCAAAAAAGGAAUACUUAGCAACUGUGCCAGACUGAUUCUGGAGUACAUACACCUGCCCCUAGCUUCCACAGCAGCCAUGGGUGCUGCGCGUGUGAAGCGCCGCUUCAGUGCGGUGGUGGACAGUGCUGCGGACGAGGAGGAGGUCAUGAAGCUGGCCCAGAGCGCCGCCGUGGAGGACAUCAGGUCCGGAGUGGGGGGUGGCACCUUGGGACCCCUGGCCCUGUCCCUGGCCAGCCCCCCGCCACUUCACAACGGCAAGGUGCUCAUGAUGGGCGGAGUGGAGGGGGGAGGGGAGACGGAGGACAGCGAGGGCGGGUGCCAAGGAGCGCGGCAGGCGUACGACAAUGGCGCCAGCUAUGAUGACGAUGGAGGAGAGGGCGGAAUGGGGAUGGGACUGCGGAGGGCGGUGUGUCCAGUGGUCGCUAGCGGCAACGGGAGCAGCGGUGGUUGCGGAGGCCCGUCCUCCUCAGCCACCCCCUCCCCGACUCCCCCUCCACACCACCGGAGGCGCCGGCGGCAACGCACGGGGGGUCGCGGCGGGCCCCGCAGCCGCUUUGUGGGCAAGGACGGGCGCUGCAACGUGACCUUUGUCAACAUGAGCGAGCGGGGCCAGCGAUACCUCACAGACCUCUUCACCACCUGUGUGGACGUGCGUUGGCGCUGGAUGAUGGUCAUCUUCACCCUCUCCUUCCUGCUCUCAUGGCUCCUCUUCGGCUUUGCCUUCUGGCUCAUCGCGGCCGCGCACGGAGACAUGGCGCCGCCGCCGUCGAUGCCACUGUCACCGCCGAUGCCACCUCCUCCUCCUCCUGCAUCGCCGCUGUCUCCUCCUCCCUCGUCCUUCUCCUCCUCUGUGUCCUCCUCGUCCUCCUCUGCGGCUGCUGCCUUCUCCGCACCACCCGCCUCAUCUGGUCUGGGAUCAGGCGGUACUGCCGGUGCUGUGGAUAUGGGCCUGGGUUUGGGUCUGGGCCCAGGCAGAUUGGUACCGGUGGUGGGUGGUGGCUCUGGAGAGGUGGAUUCUGGGCCAGCAGCAGCACCAGGGGUGGAGAGGAGGGACCCGGUGGUGGCGCCAGUUCCGCCUGAGAUUCCGGUUCCUCCGCCUGUGGUUCCGGAACCUCCACCGGUCCCACCUGAGCCCUGCUUCUCACAGGUAAACAGCUUCCUGGCCGCCUUCCUCUUCUCCCUGGAGACGCAGACGUCAAUCGGCUAUGGGUUCCGGUCGGUGACCGAGGCCUGCCCGCUGGCGGUGGCGGCCGUCGUGCUGCAGUGCAUUGUGGGCUGCAUCAUCGACGCCUUCAUCAUCGGCGCAGUCAUGGCUAAGAUCGCCAAGCCCAAGAAGCGCAACGAGACGCUCAUCUUCUCCAGCUCCGCCGUGGUGGCGCUGCGGGACGGCAAGCUCUGCAUGAUGUGGAGGGUGGCCAACCUCAGGAGAAGCCACCUGGUAGAGGCACACGUCCGCGCACAACUGCUGAAGCCGCGGGUGACCCCCGAGGGCGAGUACCUGCCCCUGGACAACGUGGACAUCAAUGUGGGUUUCGACACGGGCACGGACCGCAUCUUCCUGGUGUCGCCCGUCACCAUCGUGCACGAGAUCGACGAGGAGAGCCCCUUCUACGAGAUGGACAGGCAGACGCUGGAGUGCGACUCGCAGCUGGAGAUGGUGGUGAUCCUGGAGGGUAUGGUGGAGGCCACCGCCAUGACAACACAAUGCCGAUCCUCCUACCUCGCCUCCGAGAUACUGUGGGGUCACCGCUUCGAACCCGUGCUCUACGAGAGGAAAAACUGCUACCAGGUGGACUACUCGUACUUCAACCGCACGUACCAGGUCUCCAACACGCCGUCCUGCAGUGCCAAGGAGCUGGCGGAGAGGAAGCUGAUCGAGCGCUCGCGCGCGUCCUUCUGCUACGAGAACGAGGUGGCCCUGCAGCUCUCCACGCCCUCCCCCGCCUCCUCGCCCUCGCCCUCGCCGCCACCCUCGCUCUCCGAGAUGCGGCCCCCGAGAGCCUCGCCCCUCUCGCUCUCCGCACCCCCCUCGCCCCUACCCACCCCCCCGCCACGACGGGGGUCCCGGGCCGCCAGCGAGCACCCACACGCACAGUGA